CAAACGAAGCGCACCGCUCACCACGCCCACCUCGAUACCCAUUUCCCACGCCCAUUGCACGCGUAUCCGCAUCACCGCGCAAUCAAACAGCCUCAUCCUCAGCAAAAAAUCAGUCAAUAUUCUUGACCUGCAGAUUAGACAAUAUGCCCAAGGCCGCCGCCAAAAGCAAGACCACCGGCAAGGUCGAGAAACGCCGCGCGAAGAAGGAUCCCAACGCCCCGAAGCGUGGCCUCUCUGCCUACAUGUUCUUUGCCAAUGAGCAGCGUGAGAAUGUCCGUGAAGAGAACCCAGGCGUUUCUUUCGGUCAGGUUGGCAAGAUCCUUGGAGAAAGGUGGAAGGCUCUCAGCGACAAGCAGCGUGCCCCCUACGAGGCCAAGGCUGCUGCCGACAAGAAGCGUUAUGAGGACGAGAAGCAGGCGUACAACGCCGAGGCCGACGAGGAGGAGUCUUCCUGAAUGAACCCUUCUCGCCGACUCGAUUGCGCUCGCCGAAAUUCAGUCUUGAAAAUUUCACGUUGAUAUUUGACCGGAGCAAGACACUGCGAUCAGCAAACGAGGCUUUCUUUACUUGACCUUGUAUUUUGGGACGGACGGUGUUGUUACGGUGCCAAGGGAUUUCCUUUUUUACGCCAUGGUUUGCACGAGCUUUGCUAUGAUCAAGGGACAAAGCUAUCCCUCCAUUGGGGGACCUAUCGAACCAGUCAGCUUAUUCGCUGGCUAGCUUGUACAACAAAUCUCAAUUUUUGAUAUUCGGGAACAGGUGCGCACGCAAUGGCAGGGGAUCAAGAGUUGCCAUGGAUGGACUUGCACGAUUGCGCGGCCAACGAUGAUGUAUCGCCCACGUCGUAUAAGGGUUCAAAUACUGGUUGACG